CAUUUGUCAUUACGUGGCUCUACUAGUUUAGGAAAAGAAAACAAGCUUAUGGUCGGCUAAUUGCAGAAAUAUAUGUUUCUUGUCAAGAAUUAAUAUAUUAUUAGCAACAUGGACAGUAAAUGGACUAAUCUAGGGCUCAUAGUAGCAUUUUUUGUCACCUUACUUAGCUGUGUAACUAGUUAUACUAUCACAGUGGAUGCCCAUGCCGAAGAGUGCUUUUUCGAACAUGUUGAAGCCGAUACAAAAAUGGGUUUAACCUUUGAAAUAGCAGAGGGUGGGUUCCUCGACAUAGAUGUGACAAUCACUGGCCCCGACGGGACAGUGAUAUACCACGGCGAGCGAGAGUCUUCGGGCAUGUACACAUUCUCUGCUCAUGUGUCAGGCCGCUACACUUACUGCUUCAGCAAUAAGAUGUCUACUAUGACACCAAAGGUUGUAAUGUUCAACCUGGAAAUCGGAGAUUCCCCCCACAAGGCGGAGGGAGACAAGGAUGAGGCGGUGGACCACAACAAGCUGGAAGACAUGAUCAAGGAGCUGGCCACUACUCUCAAGACCGUCAAACAUGAGCAGGAGUACAUGCAGGUCCGCGACCGCAUCCACCGGUCUAUCAACGAGAGCACGAACUCGCGCGUGGUGCUGUGGUCCGUGUUCGAGGCAUCCGUGCUGCUCGUCAUGACCGUGGGCCAGGUGUACUACCUCAAGCGGUUCUUUGAGGUGCAGCGCGUCGUCUAACGCACUAUACACUGCCGGGUUUUGAGUAAUUUAGUUUAAUUUAAGGCUUGCAAUACAGGGUUCGCAAUAAGGUGAAUGCGCCAGACAUACGGUCGCGCUUGUAAACCAUUUGUCAUUUUCACCUUCCUUCCUGCCGGUCCUCCAGUCCUACUGUGCAUUGGCCCAAAAGUCACUAGUAAUUAGAGAAUCAAUAACGGGUGUGCCACAGAAACCCUGCAUUGCAUCUACAAUCUAUCUUACUCAAAAUCAGGGGGGUAUUGUAUUUAAAAUCAAUUCGUCAUUAGGCGAAAUGUGUUUUUAGUUCAAUCAGCAGUGUUAGGCAUAUUUUAAUCAAUGCAAUGUUUAUAUAAUGAUUUAAAAUAUUUGUUGUUAGAACUAAGAACAUAUCCCGCCUAUAUGACUUUAACUCGCUCCCAGUAUGUGACAAUAUCAUGACUGCUUUUAUAUAAUCAAGUGAGCUAAUCAAUGACACACUACAAUGAACCUUAUUUAUUAGUGUUUGUGACCUGUUUUUGUACUUACUGCAGAAUAGGGCUCGCCAUUGUUUUGGGUUUGUUUGUACGAAUUCGAACCAUUUGUACAAACAAACGCAUUCAGAAUGUUCAAUACGAGUCGUUAAAUGAAUAUAACCGAUUAUUGUAAUAUAAUGAACCCCAAAGAUUUACUUAUACCAUGCCACGCACGCACAUAUCUGUACAAUUGUAGUGCUUACUUCGUUUUUAUCCCCUUAAACUAUUACCAGUCAGUUUAUGAUGACCAUAGUACAAAAGAACUGGGUGGUCACUGUCAACGCUCUUGGCCAAUAUUUGGCAAUCAUUCGCCCAUUUUCGCAAACAUGGCUCUGUUUCUCUUUUCUUUUUAUACUAAGGAAAGAGAUGCAGUACGGAUAUUUGCAAUAUUUCUAUAGGUACUCUAGUUUAGGUGGGAUAAUCGAAAUAAGAUGUAAUAGUUCUCGCGCAAAUGUUCUGUUUAUAAUAGUAAUCAUCACAAGGGAGCGAGGCGUGGACGCGUUCUGAUCUGAGGUGUGAUUGCGUGAGUUAUUGAGUUAUGAGUUUUGAUGAAAUAAAUUAAUAAUGUUUGUACA